AUGACAUCCAAUGUGCCCAGCAUCACAGACUUCCAGAUACUCAAACCCAUCUCCAAAGGGGCCUUUGGAAAGGUCUACCUGGCACGCAAAAUCACCACCCAGGACUUGUAUGCCAUCAAGGUCAUGAAGAAGGCCGAUAUGAUCCGCAAGAAUCUGGUCGCCAAUGUCUUGGCCGAGAAGUUUGCCCUGUCUAUGAGUGCCAAUCCCCACGUGGUGAAGCUGUACUACUCCUUCCAGUCUACAACGUCGCUGUAUUUAGUUAUGGAGUAUCUGAUUGGUGGAGACGUUUUCUCGCUGCUUCAGAAUUUUGGAGUCUUUGAUGAAGAAAUGGCUGCGUUCUAUAUGGCUGAGGUAGGUUAA